AUAUAUCUCUCUUUCCACAAACUUCUCUUUCUCUUCUUUUGCUCUUUGUGCUUGUUUUCCUCUGUUUCUCUCUCUGUUUUUAUCAAAUGGAAUCUACUGAAUUACAAGACAUAGACUUCUUUAGCUCUUUCUCCGAGCACUCAAACUCAACGUUCUUCACUCCAACCACAAGCUCGCUCCGAUCCGACUCGGACCCGGGUUCACCAAAGCCACAAAACGAAGAUGAAGAAGAGUACGUCGCAGAGCUGACUCGCCAGAUGACUAACUAUAUGCUUCAGGACGAUGAAAAGCAUCAGAAGUCUUGUGGUGGUGGCUCGCCGCAAUCGACUCUUUGGUCACCAUUCGCCUCCGGUUACAGCAGCCCUUUCGGCCCUUCCCGAGAACCAUCACCGCCGUUACCUCCGGCGACAGCGGUGGAGACAAAACCUGUUAGGAUUCCUUUUCAAUCAAAACAAGCUUUAAUCGAUGAGCAGAUCCGAUCUGUUCAAGCUAACUUCCAGAGGAUAAAAAAGGAGAAAGACAAACAAAGAAGUGAUGAUGCAUUAAGACACAAAGCAAGGAGCUACCACAACCAACAGAGACCAAAGUCCGCCGUGAAGGCGGUGUUCGUUGAUGGGUCGGGUUCGAGAACCGGGUCGGGUGGAACUGGAGUGUUCUUGCCACGCAGUCAUGGUACUGUCGUGGAGUCACGCAAGAAAUCAGGAUGUUCAACAGUAAUAAUACCAGCAAGAGUAGUUGAAGCCUUGAAAGUUCACUUUGACAAAUUGGGUGUUCCUUCUACAAUAUCUUCUGAUAUCCCUCCCUUUCAUGAUGCUUUGUUGGUGUCCGUGAAGAACAAAAACAACAGCAGUUACAAAAGUAGUUCAUCAACUCGGGCACAGAGUGGGCCUCCGCACAUGGCGGAGACGUCGACCGAGAGCCACCAAGAACCGCUGGCAGAUUUGCCACAUGAAUGGACGUACUGACCCAACAUUCACAUGCAUUGGUUGGUGAAAGUUAUAGGUUUUUAAAAGAUAGUGUCUUUUUGGAUUGAAUAAAUAAAGAGUUUCUUCAUCAUUUUUAUUGGAUAUAUCCCUUUUAGAAAGUGUAUUUGUUAUUUUUUAUUGGUGGUUCCUUAAGAUAGUCCUAGUAAAAAAAGAUGGUUCUAGUAAAAUCAAUAAGUCUUAUGAUAUAAUAGAACAAUAAAAUAUGCAUAUAUGUGUUCAUAUAUAUUGCAUGUCUAUUGUAAUAAAAGGGAUGGGUUGUUUUUUUUUAAUGUAAGAUUCCUUGUAAUAAAAGCAUUAUAUGCCUCUCGCUAUUGUAAUAAAAUUAAGGACUAUUUAAUUA